GUCAUUGCAAGGAGUCUUUAGAAUGACCACAUAUAGCUUUUGGGAUCACCACUUUAUAAUCUCUCUUUUUUCGAAAUACCUCUUUUUGUAUAUCAGACUUCAUUGAACGAAUGAAGACAUACGAAUUUGAGGAACAAUUGAAAAAAUGUGUGUUUUGUAGGAAUGAACAGAUUAAGAAAGUUGUCUCACUGCUUUUCAACGAUGAUUGCGGUGUUCCUUGUUUAGUUCUCUACGGGGUCUCAAGUACUGGUAAAUCAUACUUGUUAAACAAAGCCUUCAAGUUAUCGAAUAAAGAAUUUAUUUGGAUCAAUUUAAAAACAUGUUUCACUACGCCCUUAUUGCUUUACAGGAUACUUAUACAUGCUGGGGUUGAUCAGGACCUUGCAUAUAAAAAAGGAACACAAGUUAGUGGGUUCUUACAUCUUUUUCAACAGAGUAUUUCAAAAAAUAAAACUCACGUUUAUCUUGUUUUAGACCAAAUAGAUCAGUUUUCAGAAAUAUCGCCGUUAUUGUUUACUGUAUUUGCGGAUUUAGCACUUAAUGCAAAUCUUACUAAUCUAUCGGUGGUCCUUACUCUUUCAACGCAUCCUGCGCAAUACAUGGGCACGCUUGCUGUACCAAUCGUCUUUUUUCCGCAGUAUAUGAAAGAUGAAAUUUUAGAAAUUUGUCAAAACACGCCUCCCGUUUUAGAUUUUAUUGACGAGACAGGCGAAGAAAGUUUCGAAGAUGAAAUCGAAUUGAGUGUUUGGAUGCAAUAUUGCGCUUUUUUAUGGAAUGUUUUUGGCUCUCAUUGCCUCAACAACUACCGAGCUUUUCGAAAUGUGGUAGAUCAUCACUGGCCUCAAUUUGUGCAACCCAUUGUCAAUGGUAAUGUCCAUCCCGCUGACUAUGCGCAACUUCAUAAACUAGCAAAACAUGCUUUAACUUCAGAUUUAACCAUUAGUCGCCGUUUACAUAUCAUUGAACCCACAAAAAUUAAACAUAUGCAUGAUGCUAAAUCUGUUGAUCUUCCUCUCUUGACCAAAUAUCUUUUAAUUUCAGCUUUCCUUGCAUCAUAUAAUCCUAGUCGCUUAGAUGCACAAUUUUUUUCUCACUCUAAGGGUUCCAAAAGACGUGGAAGGAAGCGGAAAAAUACAGCUAACCAAAAUUCAGAACUGGCCAAAAGCACGAAGGGUGGUUCCAGUAGAUCUAAAUCUGCAGCAAAGUUGUCACAACUAACCCUAGGACCUAAGGCUUUUGAACUAGAGCGUCUAUUUGCCAUUUAUUAUGCCAUAUGUCCGAAUGGAAGACACGUUUUGUCUGCAGACGUCUUUAGUCAAAUCACCAGUCUAUCCUCAUUGAAAAUGUUGUUGCCGGCUCAUAAGGGCUCGUUACGCUCCUUGGACAGUCCAAGAUUUAAAGUCAAUGUUUCGAGGGAGUUUGUUUUCAAAGUUGCGAAGUCGGUUAGCUUUCCGUUGGAAAGCUAUUUGGCCGACGAGCCUGUUUGACGCUUUUGUAUUUUUUUAGACGCAUCAUAAAUGAUGCUUUUAUAUCAUUACUCUACAACCUAUAGACUUACCUUGCUUUAUAUUUAUUUAUUAAGGUCGCGUCAACUUAUGAAAACAACGUUUAUUGAAUGUUAUUAGUUUUUCAUUUAGAUAUCAAUAAAAUUC